CUGACGCCGUUGUUUAUUUGGAAAGCAGACAUCGUCUUCGCUUAGUUGUUGACCGUCUGUAGUCGGAGGAAAUAGGAUGUGGAAGAGCGUUUUGAUCGUCUUUUCAGCCCUUUUUGCCUUCGAGGCAGGGGCGCAGUUGAUGGGAGGUUGGACGACCAUAGAUAUCUCUGACCCAGGGGCUCAAAAUGCCCUGAACUUCGCCGUUGCUCAGCACAACAAAGGCACCAACGACAUGUACGUCUAUAAACCAACCGUCGUGACGAAGGUUCAGAGACAGUUGGUUGCUGGCUACAAGUACAUCAUCAAUGCUUUAAUGGAGAGGACCAGCUGCAGAAAACAAGUUGCAGCCGAAACGUGUGACACCAUCCAGGAUUCACCACUGGCCCGGAGUAUGGACUGUACAUUCACUGUGUGGUAUCGGCCAUGGGACAACUUCAUCAAGGUUACAGAUCAGUCUUGCCAGACAAGCGAACAGCCUUCUUCAGUCUAAGCAUUAUUUGCCGAAUAUCUUUCGUAAUAAAGCAGUAUUUUCAUUAAGACAAACUACCAAAAUGAUAUUUACAUUUUGCUCGUGCUAUUGCACUGUAUGCUAGAAGUCUGACUUUUUAAAGGCACUAUACCUCAUUCCCAAAUAAUAUCUCAUCCCAUUUCAUACUCUACACAGAAUCAUGACAAUUUGUAUUUGACACACAUCUGGCCAGAUGCAAUACACUACUGAUCCAACAGUUACAAAUAAAACUCAAAAGAGGUGACAAUCAAUGGAUUUUUUUUUUCUUUAUGUUGCUACUGCUUUGUAGUCACAGCUAUGUCAUUUACAACAGCUCAAAAUAGUUUAACAUUUAAUGUCUUCCUAGCUUGUGUAGAGUAUGAAAGGGGCUUUCAGAAUAACCUCUGCAGUAUUGGUAAUGUUAAGAAGUAAAACUGCUUUUUAAUUCUCUGUAACUAAUUGCGGCAAAUAACAAAAUCAAACUAAUUAAAGAAGCAUUUGUGAA